AACAAUAAGAUACAAAACAAGAGAGUAUAUAUAUGUGCCUUACACCACUCUCAUCUUCAUCCAUCUCUCCAAUCUCUUAAUACUCCAAAUUAACCUUUUCAAAUAUGGUUUGCAUAGAGACAGAAGCAAGAGAGAGCUUGCAAAUACAGGAGAGUUAUGGUCAUUGUCUUACUUAUAUUUUGCCAAAAACUCUAAAUGUCACGGUGCAUUGGCCUACCUAUGCUAAGCUCUAUCAACAACUUAUUGCUGGAAUCACCCUAAACAAGGGAACUAAGCUUUAUUGGUUUGACAAAAAGGGAAAGGGUAAUAGGUAUGUCCUACUUCCAAAAUCCCUCACAAUAAUUUGGAUCGAUGAUUGUCAAUACUGGAAAUGGAUACCCGGGGAGAUCUAUGGUAAGAAAAUUGACGUGGCACAGCUUAUAAAAGUAUGUUGGUUGGAUAUAAGUGGAAAGUUGAAGCAAUACGCACUAUCAUCUGGAGUUCUAUAUGAAGUAUUAUGUCAUGUUUGCGUUACACCUUGUGCCUCUGGAUGGCAAGAACCUGUUAUCUUUGUAAUCACCCUCCCAGAUGGAAAAAAAAUUGAGACCAAAGAAAGCCUACAAUGUAAGCCACGAGAUGUUUGGUUUACGAUCAAGAUUGGGGAAUUCAAGGUCGACAAACAUGAUUGUAACAGUGAUAAGGAGUAUGAGUUUAGAGUGUACAAUCACAGUAGUCAAUGGAAGACGGGGUUGAAAUUUAAAGGUUUCGAAAUUCGACCCAAACAAUCCAGUUGCGGAUGCUAAAAAUAUAAAUCACUACAUCUCUCUCACUCCCACUCCCACUACCCUACUUGUAGUUUGGUUUAAAUAAAUGAGAGAGGUAUACUACACUCUACUUUGUUUUCUAAUAUAAACAACAAUAUCACUAUGUAAUACAGUAAUAGUGUUCAAUAAAAAAAAAAUUAAUAAAGAUAUAUAUAUAAUAUAGAAAA